ACACACUUCAGUCCUCCGUCUGACCGUUUCCCUCCCUCCCGCGCUCGUCGCCGGCGCUACUGCCUCCUCUCAAUUCGUCGUGGCAGCCCAUCAGCCAUUCGAUUGUUAUUCGAUUAUCAAAACAAAGGAAGAAGAAAGGAGUAAGUAGGUUGUUGAUUUCGAAUCGGAUUAGGACUCAGUUGUGUAUUUAUAUCCAGAGUCUGGGUCUCCUCCUUGUGACCUUCCUUGUUCAAUCGCAUCCAUGGGAUCUGCCUUCUCUUCCGCCGUCGACGCUGCAGUUGGCUUGAAGGAACAGGGGCGGGCCUUUGGCCUCCAGGAUGGUUUCAAUCGGCUGCGCUUCCUGCACCAGCUGAAACUUCCCUUCUGGGACCGGCAGCGCCCAAGCGAUCGAUGGUUGGCCGAGUACGAGCGCAAGUAUCCUCACCUUGUUACCCGCGGCCCGUUCACACCAGAACAGCGCAACGCCUACAUCGCUCGCCCCCAUGCCCACAGCGCCCUCCGCCACUACAAUUCCAACAACCCGGGUGCAGAGUUCGAAUCCGUCAAGCCUUUGAUGUGUGCACGCGUUGGUUUCAGAGAUGGGAUUUGGUUCCAUGUCAACUUUUUGGCUCGGAGGAAGGGUGCCCCACCUGAUACGCCCUUGGAACACUUCUUCGCAGAAAUUCACUAUGGUUGCUUUGACACCCCUUUUGUUGAAACAUGCACCAUACUAGAAAAACCUCUGGACCGCUUAAAAAAGAAGUGUGCCUUUUGCAAUGGAAGCUUUGAGAUUUUGCACCCGAGCGAGGAAGAAUUCAUUUGUGGAAAGAAGCGCCAGAAAAAGGAGUUUUACCGUACGAGGAACAUAGUUCAGAGGGAAUUUUAUUUCUCGUGGCCAUAAUUUUUUUGAGGGAAUUGCUCGGGGCCAGAUAGCUAGCUGUGGUUUUGGAUUCUUAAUUCACAUCAUGUACUGGUCUCUACUAGUUAGUAUGUUAAUAUGUGUUGAUCAUAGCUAGCUAUAGUUCCAAUGCUUGGUAGACAAUUGGUCAGAGGAUACAAUCAAAUAUACACUCGUGUAUAUCAUAACAUUUAGGCGUCUAUCAUGAUGCACAUUGUGCAUGGCCCUAUUCGCUCGUGCUAGAUCGCAUUCGGCCAGGGUCUUAGCCAGCCUACCGUGUCAGUCAACUUCCCAUACAUGUUUUUACAGUUACAUACUCAUCACUGAUGAUCAAUAUAACUCGGUUUUCACAUUAGAAUUUGAAUAAAAGAGGAGAAAAGGGAGGGCCACCACGCUGUUGCCGUUUGCCGGUGGCUCCCUCUCUUUUCAUCGGUCCGACCCUUGUCCAUCUAGGUGCUGCUCUGUUCUUCUUGAUGAAGAAUGCACAUAUGCAAUCCAUUCAGAGGUGCUAGAAUUGGGUAGAGACUGAGGGAGUACUAGCUAGGAGUACUAACCUGAUGAGCAUCUUCAGACUGCUUGGUUGGUUUGUGUAUGUUCUGCAUCUACAUUGCCAUGAUGUACCAGCUGAACUAAACUGCAUCGAUCUUGAGUUGCGGCGGACUGGCGGUGUGCCAUUCAGUUUGGUCUGGUCAACCUCUGCUCGGUUAAAGUACUUGUCAUGCAUCUGGUCGGCUAGAUGGUACAAGGUUUGAGCAAUAAAGAAAUAAAUAGGAUCGACCAUUCUGCUUAUGCUGAAGCAGCGACCUGACAGCAGGAUGGCUAUGGCGUAAUUUGAUUUAUUUAUUUUAGUUUUAUUACAGGAUUGUCACACCUACGCGAAGCAGGGUGAACAUCCAAGAUACAUUCAGCAGUGGGAGGAGAGAACAGACGAAGUGGAGAAGAGAAAAGGAAGAAGCAAAGAGAGAGCGACCUGUUUCACGCUCGCCCCCAUGUCCAUAACGCCCUCCGUCAUUACAAUUUCAACAACCCGGGUGCGGAGUUUGAUCCUGUAAAACCUUUGAUGGCUGUUCAUGUUGGUUUUAGAGAUGAGAUUUGGUUUCAUGUCAAUUUUUUGGCUCGUAGGAGGGAUGCUCCGCCGGAUUCCCCCGUGCAGCACUUCUUUUCUGAGCUACACUAUGAUCACUUUGACAAGCCGUUUGUUGAAACAUGUACCAUAUUGGGUGGGUAUCAUAUUGUUCUUUAUUCUCUCUCCAUAUAUUAGUUGCUACCCCUCGUGUUAACUACCUUAUCUAGUCAGGUUGUGAUCUCAACCAUGAUAUGAUAGACCAAAGUAAAGGACAAAUCAAUCCUCCCUAUUCCCUUCUACUUUAAAGGCAACAAGUGAAGGACAGAACAACCUGACAUUCCUCUUUCCCUCUUCAGAAAUUUCUUUUCUGUACAUAACCCUAGAAGGCCAUUAGGCCCUGAACAGAGCCAGUCGAUUUGUCUUCUUUUAACAACACUAUCAGACGGUUGCUAGUGAUUAAGCUUAUAUUGUCUGCACUUUGAAUUGCUCAAUCUGGUUUUCAGUAGUGAAGCUUCUGAAUUCUCCACAGAGCAUAUAUAAAUAUAUAAUAUACUUGUUCUAUAAUGUUAAUGUUGUGGCAUAUCAGUUUCACUAUUUGUCAUUGGCAUGUAACUACAACAGUAAAGGAAUGAUUUCAAAAUUUUGCAUUUUCAUUUAGUUGCCCGUACUGUUGCAGAUGCAAUUUCAGCUAUGCAAUUAUCAAUCUUUGUACAUACAAACAUUGGCACACAUAUCACUGUGAGUUGUGACAUUUAUUCAUUCAUGCAUCAGGGAAACAUCUAAUAGUCUACCACUGAGAAUCUCUGGUGGAAGUUUAAUUUGUUGCACUUGUCACUGCCAUGUGUUGAUAUAUUGUGUGAUUUUGACUUUUUUAGAUGUGUAGAUCCUAGUUUACCUUGUUUUUCCUUCUGUAUUAACAGUGUGCAUUUUGCAAGGGUAACUACAGGAUUCUGCACCCCAAUAAUGAAGAAUUCGUCUGCGGAAAGAAGCACCAGAAAAAGGAGUUUUUCAUGACAAGGAACGUACACCUGUGGACAUUUUUUUUUCAUGACAAGGAACGUACACCUGUGGACAUUUCACUACGUGCCACUAGAUAGCUAGAUGUUGCUUUGAAUUCCCUGAUUAGCCGAUGUAGUUAUCAACAAAUGGUGGCGGCGGUCUGUUCACCUUCUGUACAAAACGAAGUGUUUGAAAUUUCCAAAACGAAAGGCUGGUCAUCAGAAAGUAUAGAGAUGAUUGCCUAAAUGUUGUACACACACGAUUGUGGCCCUAUUUACUCAUGCUAUGUAAGGGUGUUAGCCAGCCUAAUGUGUCAGACUACUCCUUGUACAUCUAUUUAUAGUUUUGUACUCAUCCCUGAUGAUCAAUAUAACUCAAUUGCACAUUAGAACUCGAAUAAAAGAGGAGAAAA